AUGCGGAUCAGUCGUCUCUCGACGGCCGCUGCCGUGCUUAUAUUGACCAUUGGUACUGCUGCAGUUGACACCUCCUCAGAUAGUGUUGCAGGCGCCAACUAUGGGGAUAUUAUCGAGCCGCCGCCGGGCGCGUCAGAUUUGCAAAAAGGCUCCAAAGCAGCUCCCAAAGGGACGCUGGAUGCCCCCGUUGACGGUAAAGAUGGCAAGCCUCACGAUGGGCCAUGGGUGGAAACCGAAGCCGAGCGAGAUCGCAAGAAGGACAAGGCAGAUGGCCGAACGUACAUGGCUGCAGCAGAUACAGAACAAGCUGGAGGUCGUCUAGGGCAGGGUGGGAGUGCUAUUCCACACUCCAACGAAGGAGUCAUGGACGAUCCUGGUAGAUUGGGUCCCAAAGAGGGUACGCGAGGUACGGAGGGUGGUAUGACAGAGAAGACUAAGGAUAUCAAGCAAUCCAAGGAGAAGGUCCCCGAGACUCCCAAGGAGGCACGCCCUCUACCACACAGCGAACAGGAAAAGAUCCCAGGCUAUGAGGACGUGUAUGAAGCGACAGAUAAUAAAAAGACAGGAGAGAAUGUUCUAGAGAAACCCGAUGAUCUUCCAGAAAAGCCCCAUGAAAUUCCUCUUCCCAAAUCUCCCGGUCGAGUAACCGACGAUUCUCACGAUUAUAAACAACCAACACCAGGCAGAAAGCCCUUCCCAAACGCCGACGGAUCGUCUAGAGGAGCUGUUGGUGCUUCUGGCCCAUUACAUUCUUUAUUUCUCUCAUUCGUCAUGAUUAUUUUCUCCGAGAUUGGUGACAAGACCUUCCUUGUUGCUGCGCUCAUGGCAAUGCGCCAUCCUCGGCUCCUCGUUUUUUCUGCCGCUUUCUCAGCCUUGGUCACCAUGACUGUUCUCUCUGCUCUCCUUGGACAUGCCGUUCCCACACUCAUACCUACAUCCUACACUCAAUUUGCGGCUGGAAUUUUAUUCCUAGUCUUCUCAGCAAAAAUGUUCAAAGAAGGACGUGCGAUGUCACCGGACGAGGGUAUUGGUGAAGAAAUGAAGGAGGUCGAGAUGGAAUUGGAAGAGAAAGACCACGAACAACGACGUUUAAGCCGCAGACGAUCGUCAGUUAGCCCGUAUGCUCUGGAAUCUGGCCGAGGCGGUCGCACUCGCUCAACCAAUCGCCUUCCCUCGCCUCCAGAAAGCGUUUCCUCUGCAUCGUCACGGGAAGUUUCUCCAGAGCGAGGCUUUUCGUUGACAACGGUCACUUCCGGAGCCAGGAACCUUUUCUCGCUCCUUCUAAGUCCUGCAUGGGUGCAGACCUUUGUCAUGACGUUUCUAGGUGAAUGGGGUGACCGCAGCCAGAUAGCUACAAUUGCCAUGGCUGCUGGGCAGGAUUACUGGUGGGUUACAAUCGGCGCUGUUGUUGGCCAUGGCAUCUGCACGGCGGGGGCAGUCAUCGGUGGUCGAGCAGUCGCCGGCCGUGUCAGUCUUAGAGUUGUCACUUUGGGCGGAGCAUGUGCUUUUCUCGCCUUCGGCAUCAUCUAUCUCAUUGAAGCGAUUUUCUAA